GUGUGCUUCUAUUCAAUAUGGCUUCGCCCAAAUCACAAUUGUUGAUUAUAGAAAGUUCCGUCGAAAACUUAAUUGAAGAAGUCGAGAAAAGACCUGCGCUUUAUAAAAAAAUUUUAAAGGAGUACUCCGACGCGAAUAUGAAGAAAAAACUGUGGGAGGAAGUUUGCGAAGCAGUUGUUGUUGAUUGGAAUUCGCUUAGCGCUGAGGAGAAAACAAACAAAGGUCGUGAUGUGCAAAAAAAAUGGGCUAAUUUAAGGACUUGCUUUCGUCGCGAAUUAAACGCUCAAAAGAACACUAAGUCGGGGCAAGCUGCGAAUAAAAGGCGUAAAUAUGUCUACUUUGAACAGUUAUUAUUUUUACUUCCAUGCAUGGAAAACCGACUUACUGAAGGUAACCUGGAAGAGGAAAAUUUUCUAUCAAAUGAUGAGCAUGAUGAUCAAGCUGGUUCAUCCACUCCCACCCCUAUUCGUCAGCGGAAAAAGAGACCUAAUGUACCGAAGCAGACGGACGUGGAUGAAGCAUUAUUAAAGGCAUUAAAUGAGCCUAAUACUGAUGAAGAUGUGAACUUCGCUUUGUCACUGGUCCCUUCACUCCAAAGUUUAACCGCAGAAGAAAAACUUGAUGCUAAAAUAAGUAUUCUUAACGUUUUUAAACAGAUAAGAUCAGCUAGGUGCGCUCAGUCUCCGCCAACAUGUACGUACAACAGAGUUCAGCAACCCUUGUACUCUUUUCCAAUUUCGCAACCGACAACCAUUCGAAACAUUUCAUCACCUGGCAACUCCAACGAUACAGCCCAGUCUUAUUAUUCAAAUUUUUCAGAUGAAUCGCAAAUAUAUGACUUGUAAAUAUUUUCCGAAUUUUGUAAUAUUAUUCUAAUAAAAAUAGUUGAAAAGUAUUUGUGGUU